AUGGCGCUGGGAGAUUGGGACGAAGUUGCUGUGGGCAAGUAUGUGUAUUGGAGCAACGUCCAAGAUGAUGUUCCGCUGGCAGAUCUGGGAGAGGUGCUUUCAGCAGAUGGUUCCAAUCGCGUGGUUCGCUUUGCGAAGAAAGAAGUGAAAGACAAGGUUUGGAUGUUCAGGCUUGCUGACAUUCAGAAAGAGACCUUUGUCCAUGCAGUUGUUGACGGCGUGUCUCCUCAUUCAGUUGGACUCGUGAGGGAACUGAAGGGUGGUCAACUGUUGGUUCACAUCGAAGGCAAUGGGCUGACGGCAAACCGGACGGAUCUGCUGAAAAGCCAACUACAGCCUGGUUCACGUGUGCGUUGGACUAUCAGUAGUGACGACAUACCACGAGGUGAGCUUGGCGAAGUUCUCCUGGACGUGAAUGCCUACAGCGACAUCAAGGUGAAGUUCUCGGCUGGAGAGUUUCGAAUGAGGUACUCUGAGAUGUUGCUUCGGAAUGGUCAGUGUUUUCUAUUUUGA